CUCGUUCUCUCUGCUCUCCUCCCACUCACACACUCACCAACACAGUCACACGCAGACGCUUCAUCGGCCGAAUCACAGGCUAAGGUAAAGCAUCAACAUAUACACGAGCAAGCAAGGAAAGCCAAGCGUUAGCUGUCUCCGAUCAGAGCCGGCCGGCCGCAGAGAGAGAGAGGGAGGGAGAUGUCGAGCCGCCGUGGCAGGAUCACCGACGAGGAGAUCAACGAGCUCAUCUCCAAGCUCCAGGCGCUGGUCCCGGAAUCAUCCCGCCGCCGCUCCGCGAGCCGGUCGUCGGCGUCGAAGCUGCUGAAGGAGACGUGCGGAUACAUCAAGAGCCUCCACCAGGAGGUCGAGGACCUCUCCGACAGGCUCUCGGAGCUAAUGUCGACCUUGGACGAGACCAGCCCCCAGGCCGAGAUCAUCCGGGGCCUUCUCCGCUAGCCGGAUUUUAUCCUACCGAUUGAGCCAGUAGGCAGUAGCUACAUAUAUAUUAGCUUGAAUUCAUCGGCCGAAGGAGGGAGACGAGGAGGCAAGACAAGAGAAGAGAAGACAACAAGAGAGGCAUAGCAUUUUUUAGCUGCUGCUUGUUUCUUUUCCUGCCUGCUCCCCCGUCUCCUGGUACGUCGUCGUCCGUGUGCGUGUGUGUCUUUGUGAGGCCCUCAUUUAGCUUCCGGUAUACUCCACUGUGUUUCAUUUAUGCACCAGGUUGGUAGAGGUUAAUAAUAUAUAUGGUGCUUCUACCGAUUAGCCGAGUGUAUUACUACUAGCUUGUAGACGUGUGUGUUUGUGCUGUUGUAGGCCUGUAGCUUCUCUCAGACUGAGAUGCAUCCUCUGGCUAUAGAGCUGUUGUUUUGUACUACUAGUACUAUCUAUUGCUAGGUUUGUCCCUGUUUUCCAACGGACAAGCUAGCUAGGUUAACGACGAGCGUGGACUACGG